AUGACACAACUCUCUCGAUAUCACAUGAUGGUCGUCGCAAAGUACUUUAACACACUCAAUGACUUUAUUACAGUCGAAAACAUCAAUAAGCGGUAUACCCACUUUAUGGAACUCUUCCAUUACAAUCCAAUACCAUUAACUUGGAACACUAUUAAGCACUUCUCAUAUAUCGAAACACUUCAUUUAUACACACAAACAGACGAAUCCUUUGGUAAUCAAAUUGCAAGAAAAAGCACUGAAAAUAACAACGAAGAGAACACUGAAAACAAACGAGUGACACUGAAGGUCGAUUUCUUUCAAAUUGUUGUUUGGUACCAAGUCACUGCGACUUUAGAAGACUCGAAAAAGGACGACAACGUCCUCUUCAAGAACGUCGUCUUCACAAAAGACGACGAGAAAGUGUUGGGGACAAAAAUGUCUGAAAACGUUCGUUCGAUUGCAAGCAAAGCGUUUCAGAAGAACACGAAGAUCGUCGAACUGUCGCGCCAACGCGUCCAAAAGAAUUUCUUGCACUUCUUUAAAAGUGAAAGUCUUGAGAAUAACAGUGACACGAAAAAGAGUCACAUUCAUUUCAUUGAACUCCCAAAGUCAAUUUGUUCUCUCGGCGCUUUUACAUUUGCGGAGUGUUGCAAUUUGAAGAUAGUGAAACUCCCGAGGUUCCUCGUGGAAAUCGGCGACUACUGUUUCUUCAAUUGUGUUGCACUCGAAGAGGUGGAGCUCCCCGAGUCGCUCAAAAAACUUGGCGACAGCGCUUUUGCUAAUUGUGAAAGAAUCAAAAAAGUGAAAGUCCCGGAAAGCGUCAUAGAAAUUGGAAGCAACUGCUUUGGAGGGUGCAAGAACUUGCAGGAAGUCAAACUCCACAAAACACUGAGGAAGAUCGGGAACUUCGCUUUUUCCAAGUGCAAAAAGUUGACGCAAAUUUUGGUACCAAAGGAGACCAAGUGCGUCGGGUUGUACGCUUUUGAGAGUGACACAAAAACUAUUCAAACGUUAUAA